AUGUGUUGUUGCAGAUACUCACACCCAACGACAUCAUCGUUUACGGAUCCGUCGCAGGCUGAUCCAUGCGAUUCGAGAGGCUAUUAUCGUCCUAAUUAUAUUCGUCAACGUCUUGAACAGAACAUCGUUGAAUUAGCCGAUGACACCGGACUUCAGAUAGUUUCGAUGACAACCGAAGUAUGUCGUCGCGAUGUUUGUGUUCGAGGUGAAUGUCGCGAUCGAUUGUAUUUGGACGAUGCCUUGUCAGCCUAUUAUUACAUCAACGACCAGGCAUUCUAUGCACCUCGUCAUGCGCGAACAUUCGAGUGUAUUUGUCGUGAGGGCUUUGCUGGCAAGCGUUGCGAUGUUCCGGUGGAUAAGUGUAGUAAGGAACAGUGCACCAAAGAUGAGAUGUGUGUUCCAAUGGACACGGAUAUCGGUUUCGAGUGCGUUUGUCCGCCGGGCACAACCGGUGAUCGAUGCAUGGUACCAACUUGUGGAAAGGAUAAUCGCGAGUGCAGUCAAGAUGCAGAAAUAAGCGUGAACGGCGAUGCAUUCUUUCAAAUAACAAUCGCCAAUUCAUUGGAACGUCGAUUGGAGUUAUCGUUCCGUUUUCGUACGAUCAGUUCUGAUGCCACGGUGAUGUAUGCGACUGGAAACAGUGACUUCCACGCGAUUGAAAUAUCCCGAGGAUAUGCACAAUACCGUUGGGAUUGUGGAUCUGGAGUUGGUGUGGUUCAGGUGAAUAGCAUUCGAGUGUCAGACGGGAAAUGGCACUCAGUGAAGGUUUCUCGUCGAAGCAGACACGUCAAACUGACCAUCGACGAUACACACACAGUCGACGGACACAGUCCUGCGGGAAGUGAUGUGAUCAAUCUGUACAAGAACGCUAUGAGAUUAACGUUUGGUGCUCAGGUAAAUUACAUUGCAAACAGUGGUGGUUCGACAUUGUCGGCGAAUGACUUGAGACCACUCAUUUCGAAGGGAAUGAUCGGGUGUUUUGGACGUAUAUCGGUGGAUGGGUUCGAUUUACCAAAAACAAAACAAGGAUUACGUCUCUAUAAUACGCGAUUGGAUUGUGAUGCUGUUGGCAAUGAACCGUGCUCGGUAAAUCCGUGCAGUAAUGACGGGAAUUGUAUUCCAACCGGCGACACUUCGUUCAGUUGUGUGUGUCCACCGCGCUAUGCAGGACAAAUGUGCGAAAUCGAUCUGACGCCAUGCGUUUCACGACCNAAUGGUGAUUGGGAUCCAUGUUCGCCCAAUCCAUGUGGUCCUUUCGGCAAAUGUAUUCGCCUACCACAAUCAAACGGGUUUAUUUGUAACUGUUCGCAUGGAUAUUCCGGUACAUCAUGUUCAGAUCGACCACCGACAUUAGUCGCCGACGGUUGGCCGCUGGGUUUUGUUGAGGUGGCAUUGGCUAUAUCUAUUCUCCUCAUCGUUAUACUGGCAGUUCUCAUUUGUUGUUAUCUCAGGAAUAAGAAAUAUCGCUACGAUAAGCCUGCAGAGCAGAAGGAUCCCGAGUAUGAAGUGCACAAUUUCAACGCUCGAGUUUCGAAAUCGUUCGAUGGUGCACCCGCUUGCGCAGCACCACCACCAUUGCCUCCAAGAGCAUUCCGUUCGAUGCAUAACAAUCAGCUGAGCAAUUUCGAACAAGCUCAGCUCACUGGUCUACCCACUGUGCAGGUUCGUCCAUUACCGAUAAGCGAGCGACUUGGUGGGUCGUCGUUGGGAGGUGGCAGCAGGUCACCAUCGAUCGCCGAAUCAGGUCGUUGGAAGUCACGAAGAGCAACAACACCGAUCUCACAAAAGAACAUCGAUGUCACCCGUACUGGCCUACCAUCUUCUAAUGAUGAAACGGAUCAGGUAUCACGAACGGACGUUUUGCGUCGCUAUGGUCGCACGAUUGCUGAUACAAAUGAUGACGAAAUUGAUGACAAUUCCCCAUCUCGGGUUCGCUAUUUUGCAGAUAAUCGACAACGUGCUAGCAAAACACGGGUGAAACGUGGUCAUGCCGAUGGAAGUCCAUCGUUAAAAAAGGAUGCUGCCGUGUCCAAUGUUGUCCGUAAUAACUGGAGACAAGAAUGCGAUCGACGGAUCGAUGGAGCGUGUGGUAUAGCUGCUGAUAAACGAAGUGAGCGAAUGAAGUUACAUUUGUUGGGUAACAAUCGAAUCAAAGUCGGUGAUACGAUUUUGAGUCCUCGUGAAGAAGAUGACGAAUAUAUGACAAUGCGACCAGUCAGUCGACGUUUACCGUCGGACAGUGCGGAAAGUCAACGACGACCAUUGCUGGAAAUGAGUGAUAGUGAUGGUAUGGAUGGCACUGACUUGGUUUAUCCUGAUGAAGUCGACCCCUCUGAACGAGCAAAGCCGCGUCCUCCGCCCCACUCGAACCAUCGCAAACAUGCCGAAUCAGCGUUAUCACGGAACCGAAUGGAAACAAGUCGGGUUUACGAUGAUCCAGCUAGUGAGCAAAAUAACAUUGUCAACACUGCGGCUUCCAAUGAGGAAUCGCCUAAACUAUCCACUUCGUCCGGAAUGCAAUUGUCUUCAACGAACAUAUCAGAGAACUUCGAUAAUAUCGAUGACGAAAGUGAUUCGGAUGACAAUCGAAACAACGAUGACAGUGAUGAUGACGGUGAUGCGAAUCCGAUAUCAGAAUCCGAUAGUCGCUAUCUAUCGCCAGCCACAACACCACAGAAGAUGGCUGUUCUGUAG